AUGCCGCCGCGCAUUGGGCUGAGCUGGCUGCGGACACCACCUCGGGCAUACGUCUGUCAGCGAUGCGCCAGAGCUGCAGGUCGUCCAUUCAGCACCUCACGACCACGUCGACAGAGCGUGCUUUCGCUAUUGGAAGAACGAGGUUAUGUCCAUCAGAUCGCAGGUGAUCGCAAUGCACUCGACACGCUGCUCGAGACGCGCACCACAGGCUUCUAUGCCGGCGUAGAUCCCACCGCACCCUCCUUACAUCUGGGCCAUCUCCUGCCGUACAUGGUCCUCUUCUGGCUCUAUCACCACGGCCAUCACGUCGUGAGCUUAGUCGGUGGCGCGACUGCCACUGUCGGCGAUCCUUCUGGCCGAUUGACCAGCAGAGCGAAAACGAAUGCGGCUGCGAUUCAACGCAAUUUCGAUGCCAUGUUUGCGCAGAUGGAGAUGCUGUGGGUGAAUGUGGGAAGAUAUGGUGAACGGCAUGGUCUGCAGCAUCGAAGAGGCUUGGGGAGGCGCGAGGUUCUUAAUAAUGCUGCUUGGCUGAAUGGCUUGAAUGUGCUCCAGUUUCUCAGUAUGAUGGGGAAUGGCGCGAGGUUGGGUGCCAUGUUGAGUAGAGAUACGGUCAAGAAUAAGAUGGACAAGGGCGAUGGGAUGAGUUUUGCCGAAUUCACAUAUCCUCUGCUGCAGGCUUGGGACUGGUGGCACAUGUACGAAGAAAAGGGAGUUCAGGUGCAGGUGGGAGGUGGUGAUCAAUACGGCAAUAUUAUCGCGGGCAUCGAUGCCGUCAAAUACAUUGCGCAAGCACAUGCUACCAAAGGAAGUGUGGUCGAGCAGUGGCUAGACACAGAGGGCAAACUCCCUCACGAUCGUACACCCAUGGGCCUGACAGUUCCACUGCUGACGACGAGCAGCGGCGAGAAAUUCGGCAAAAGCGCUGGCAACGCCAUCUGGCUCGACGCGAAAAUGACGAGCCCAUUCGACCUCUACGGCUUUCUCCUGCGCUCCGCCGACGACGAUGUCGAACGCUAUCUGAAGCUCUUCACGUUUGUAUCCAUGCCCGACAUCGCGAGCACCAUGGCCGAGCAUCGAGGAAAUCCGGGAAAACGCACAGCUCAGCACUUGCUCGCGAGUGAGGUGUUAGAACUCGUUCAUGGGCCCGAAGUGGCACAAAAGACACGAGCGGAACACGAGGCUUCGAGAAAGCUUUCGUUGGAAUCUCUCUCCCAUACAACAGCAGGAGAAGGAGAAGGAGAGCAACUCACAGCGCACGAUGCGGCCUCGCGAACCAGAUUACCCAAAUCUCUCGUUUACAAUACACCUUUCUCGCGCAUCCUGUAUCAUGCGGGAUUAGUGGGUACGAAAUCAGAAGGAGCGCGGACGAUUAGCAAAGGAGGCGUAUAUGUCGCGACGACGACGACUGCAUCACCGUCGAAUUCUACAGAAGAAGGUGGUGGACAGCUCAACUUUGUGCCGUUGACCAAAGAGCAGACUGCUGCUGACGUGGUCACAAACGGCCUCAUCAUUCUCCGACUCGGCAAAUGGAAAGUCCGCGUGAUUGAAAUUGUCGACGACGAUGCAUUCGAUGCUCUUCUGGGGAAUGAUGCGCCUCCUCCUGGUUGGAUGGAGUGGAAGGCGGCGGGGUCGAAAAGAUAGGUAGAUAGACAUUAAUACUAGUACCUAGGUAAGCUAGGUAGGUGGGUAGGUAGAAUAAGACCAUCGUACCUAGGUACGUACGGUCUUUUG